AGGAGUAACGGGUGCAUGCCCACUGUUAUCCGGUAAAGUUAUUUUCUUGUAAAACUCCAGAUGAAUAUGAAGUAAACUUUCAAAAGAGUCGCUAUAACGUUUAAAACCGUCUCGUGAAAGAGUGUGUCAGUGUCGGUGUUGUCGUGAAGUGAAAUAGAGGCUGAAUGGCAGCACGAAGAAGGCGGACAUGAACUUCGGUGUUGCCGCUAACUCGCUGCUUCUCCUCCGUGCUUGCGAUGAUGGAGACCAUGAAGCUGCUCGGCGGAUUCUGGAGUCCGAAACCUCCAGAGACUCUGGGCGGCACAGCAGACUGCGCUCGGACGCGGGCUCAGAAUGCAACACGACGGACUUGUUGUUGUCUCCGGUACCGGUGGACUGUACGGACGAGGAAGGCAACACCGGCCUCCAGUUUGCAUCCGCCAGCGGUCACGAACACUUGGUGCGGUUUCUACUUCGGAAGGGGGCCUCGGUGGACAGCCGCAACAACUAUGGAUGGACACCGCUCAUGCAAGCUGUCAGGUUUGGUCACUUGGCUGUUUCCCACAUCCUGUUAGAAAACGGUGCGGACAUGAAUGGCCGUAACAGGCUGGGUGCGAGUGUCCUGACAAUGGCUGCACGUGGAGGACACACUCACGUAGCCAAGCUCCUCCUUGAAAAUGGCGCCUAUGUGGACGACUACGAUCAUCUGUCCGAUGCUGCUGAGGUUGUGUCCAACAGGAACAACAACAACAGUGCAGCUUUUGAAGGCUGCGCUGGCGUGAGGGACUUCAUGGACAUCACAGCUCUGAUGGCGGCAUCUCAGCACGGCCACGAGUCCUCAGUGCGUCUGCUGCUGGACUGGGGAUCUGACGUCACCUUCGCCCAGAAGACCACCUGCUGGGGUCCACUUAUGGCGGCCACACUCAGCGGCAAGGUGGCGGUGGUGCAGCAGCUGGUGGAACGUGGCGCCGACCCAGACCGAGUCAACGUGUUGUCAAAGACGCCAUUUGAACUUGCCAUGCAGCUGAAACACACAAACAUCAAAGCUUACUUGGAUUCCAUCACUACCGUCAGACCAAAGACUGAUGACGAGAGAAGAAGACCAGACGUGUUCAGUGCCCUCAAACUGGGCAACUCCCAGCUGGUCAAAGAGAUCUUGGAGGAAGACCCCACUCAAGUGAAUUCGUCCAAUCAGGAGGGAGCGUCGCCUCUGAUGAUAGCGGCAGUGAGCGGCCAGUUAGAAGUUGUGCAGCUGAUGGUGGACAAGAAAGCUGACGUGGACAAACAAGAUGGCGUUCAUGGCUGGACGGCUUUGAUGCAGGCCACAUAUCAUGGAAAUAAAGAUGUUGUCAAGUACCUACUGAGUCAGGGGGCUGAUGUCAAUCUUCGAGCAAAGAAUGGAUAUACAGCAUUCGAUUUGGUUAUGCUGCUCAAUGAUCCAGACACAGAGUUGGUGCGUCUGUUAGCGUCAGUGUGUAUGCAAGUGGACAAGGACAGGUCCAAACAACGUGGCAGGACAACUCAUUCUAAAAGCAGACCUUCUCUCAACAAUGCUCCUGUUCUGCCUGAUGACAAAGGAGGCCUGAAGUCUUGGUGGAAUCGAAUGUCAAACCGCUUUCGACGACUCAAGCUAACUCACACUCUGAGACACGGCCUUCUGUCCAAUCGUCUUGCUCCAUUUCCUGAUGACUCACUGACAUCAUUAGAUGCCACCAUGAAGGCUGACAUCAAACCUGCCGCUUCGUCUAACACGCCUGUGCAGUCCUCUGGUACUCAGGGAGGAAGUGACAUCAGCACCGCAUGGGCGGUCAAGAGCAAAGACACAGGUUUGUGCAGGACUUCAUCAGAAAAGGAAGACAUGCUAAUCACUACAAUGCUUCGAAGUGACGCCCCUCUUACCCGACUACCUAAUGACAAGCUGAAGGCAGUGAUCCCCCCCUUCCUGCCCCCGUCUAACUUCGAACCAUGGAACUCUGAUCGCUCACGUCGCCUCAACGAUGGAAAGAGUGAGGCUCCCCGGCUGCCGAUGCCUCCUCAGAGGAAGCUGAACAGCAGUGGAAACUCUGAUAUUACGUCCAUCAGUCGAGUGGUGAGCAGGUCCAUGAAGUUCCCCAGCAUUCCCAAAGGGCCCUCCUCCUCUUCUCCUUCCAGUUCUGGUCACUAUCACUCCCCUCACUCCUCUGGGGGCUCCAAUGGAGUAGCAGGACUCAACAGGGACUCACACAACCGCUCAGGGGGUAGUGCCGAUGGUGUUCUGGCCCAGAUAGCAGCUCAAAGGAAGAGAGCUGCUGGCCUGAUUGAUGUCAACACUCAAACUGCAGAGAAACCACAGAGUCCACCACCACUUCCCUCUGCAGCCGCCAGCCUGACACUUCCUGAUGCCAAUUUAACACUUCCUGAUGCCAGCCUGACUCUUCCUGAUGCAAUCCUGCCUGCCCCUGAUGUCCCUCCAAGAAGGAAGUUGGACUUGAAGAGAAGACCUCAGUCAGGGAAUUCUUCCACCUCAAAGAGCACAUCACCCACCUUGACCCCUUCUCCCUCCCCAACCCCCAAGACUCCUUGUGGGCCAGGAGACUCCUUAUCCUCAGCCUCCUCGCAUCUUUGCUCAAAGAGCAGUGGCGGCUCCAGCAGUGGAACCAUCACAGAUGAUGAUGAGCUGUCAGGUAUCCUGAAGAAACUGUCCUUGGAGAAAUACCAACCCAUAUUUGAAGAGCAGGAGGUGGACAUGGAAGCUUUUCUGACUCUAACAGAUGGAGACCUGAGAGAGCUCGGCAUUAAGACGGAUGGACCCAGACAGCAAAUAUUGGCAGCAAUAUCAGAGUUGAAUGCUGGGAAGGGGAGAGAAAGGCAGAUUCUUCAAGAAACCAUCCACAACUUCCAGUCAUCCUUUGGAAGCAGUGCCAGUAACCAGAGGGCACCAGGAGAAGUACAAUCACCAACUAACUGGACGAGACAUCAAGUUGCUUCUUCCACUAAAAGUGAGGACCUGCCUGCUGCACACAACGCAAGUUGAAUAUUGUCAAAUAUGUUUUUAAAAAGUACACAUUAUUCAUGCAAAAUAAAACAAAGUAAAGGAAGAAUCAUAUCAGACUGAUUCAUGAAUUCUAGCAUGUUCUUUGACUACAAAUGAUGUUGUAAUUUAGCUA